GUGAGAGAGAGAGUGUGUGUGUGUGAAAGAGUGUGUGAGAGAGAGAGAGAGAGGGAGAGAGAGAGAGAGGAGGAGGAGCUCCCAUUCACACCAUUAACCCGGCUCAGAUUCAAGCGCUUUCUUCAGUCUUGUCUUUGCUCCUGUUUAAAGACGGCAGAGUAGCGCGGAGCUGUGCACAUCCCACCCCACCCCAUCCCAUCACAUCCCAUCAGAUCAGCCGCGGAUCCUGUCGGUCAUGGCGGGGGCCAGGGCGCUCGACCUGCUGCUCGGAGUUGUGUUACUUCUGCACGCUCUUGGAAGUCUGUUCCAGAUCACCCGCGGGGAAUUCACUCCACAGGGAGUUUCCUAUUCUGUGCUUCAGGGGUCGGCAAAAGAUGAUGACAUCACAGUGGAAGUACUCAGGAAGAGACGGUGGCUGCCUGAGUCGAGAAUGACCAGCAACAAAGCCAGCCAGGAGAGUUCAGAGGCAGAGUCACAGGAUUUACUUGGACCACUGACAGAUGCUGAAGCAGAUAACAGCUCCCAGAUAGCGGAGGACACAGAUCACAACUAUUACACAUCAAAGACCUAUGGCCCUAACGAUCCCAUGAGCAAAGAAUUAUGGGUGAACAUUGAUCAGAUGGAAAAGGAGAAAGUGAAGAUUCACGGAAUCCUGUCCAAUACACACAGACAAGCAGCGCGGGUCAACCUGUCUUUUGAUUUCCCCUUUUAUGGACAUUUUCUCAGGGAGAUCACUGUAGCAACUGGCGGGUUCAUUUACACGGGAGAUGUGGUACACAGAAUGCUGACAGCCACACAGUACAUCGCCCCCCUCAUGGCGAACUUUGACCCCAGUCUGUCCAGAAACUCAACUGUCAUUUAUUUUGACAAUGGCACUGCACUGGUGGUUCAGUGGGAUCAUGUUCACCUCCAGGACUCGUAUAAUCUGGGCAGCUUCACAUUUCAGGCCACACUACACAGUGAUGGCAGAAUUAUCUUCGCCUACAAGGAGGUUCCGAUUCAGAUCGCUCAGAUCAGCUCUGUUAACCAUCCAGUGAAGGUGGGCCUCUCUGACGCCUUUGUGGUGGUCCACAGGAUUCAACAAAUUCCUAAUGUUCGGAGGAAGACCAUCUAUGAGUACCACCGUGUGGAGUUGCUCAAGACCAAAAUCACAAACAGCACAGCUGUGGAAAUGAUGCCACUCCCUACAUGUCUCCAGUUUAGAAGCUGUUCUGCCUGCAUCGCUGCUGAGAUCAACUUCAACUGCAGCUGGUGCCACCGACUUAAUAGAUGCUCUAGUGGCUUUGACCGCCAUCGGCAAGACUGGGUAGACAACAGCUGCCCUGAUGAGACAAAAGACAACACAUGCGACAUCAACACCACUCAAUUCGAAGCAUCUAAUACUGCAUCAGUGACCAAGACGUCCACAAGGAACAAAGCUGUUACAGAGGCUGAUUCCACCCAGUCAACAUCACAUCCACCCACCAGCAUGCCUACAGAUGAUGAUACCAAGAUUGCCCUUCAUCUCAAAGACAAUAGAGCGGCAGCAGCACACAGCAUGGCAGAGCGGGAAUCAACCAGCAGCAAGCACAACCUUCACACAGGCCUGAUCCUGGCCAUGCUCAUGAUGAUGUUGGUCAUAGUGGCUGUGGUGCUGGUGACUGUUUACAUCUACCACCACCCCAGCUCAGCCGCCAGCCUCUUCUUCAUCGAGAGACGACCGAGCCGGUGGCCUGCCAUGAAGUUCCGGCGCGGUUCGGGGUAUCCUGCGUACGCCGAGGUCGAGCCUGUUGGCCAGGAGAAAGAGGGCUUCAUCGAGGCUGAACAGUGUUGAGGUCCUGACCUUUGACCUUGUGUCCCCAUACACUGCCCUGCUCCCACUUCAUACACAUUCAUCCAUGUAAGAACUGAAAUGUCCCACUUUCGUCGACCGUCCAAAUAGGAAACCACAGUGUGGAUACAAAGUCAUUCCUCCAAGUAAGAGAAGUACGUAGCUGGUGGCUGUCGAUUAGUAGCACAGAAUCAGAUUCCUACAACUUGAUCAAAUGAGCCAUGAGAAAACUGACAAAGGUCUGAUUCUGGAUCACUGCACGCUGAGCUCUAGAUCUGAUCUAGAAGCAGCAGCUGAAGCCUCAAUCCCACUGGAACAGAUUUGGGUUCAAAUUAGAUGCAUCUUUCUUCCUUUCACCACAGAGGAAACUCUUUUUCUGAAAACUGUUUAAAAAUCAGAGCUGUGCAUCUCCGGUUUAUGGUUAAGGAGAAUUUAUUUUGGUCUUUCUAUAUCUUUGGAACGGGUUUUAGGGGGUUUUGUUUUUUUAUUGUGUUGUUUUUCUUUUCAGUUGAUGUUUUGGAGGAAAUUUAGUGCAAAUUGUUGCUUGAAUUGCAGUUAUACGCCUAUAAAAUCAUUUUGUGCUUUCAGUAUCUGCUACAAUUGGGAAACGUUUGCUCACUGUAACACUCCAACAGUGUUACUCAACUUUCCCAUGCCUAUGACUCAUAAUUACACUUUUGCACAAAUCCUUUUUUAAUGCACAUAUGGGUUUUUGUUUUUUUUAAUUAUUAUUUGUUUGGAUUUUUUUCCUUGGGUUACUAAUGCAAAGUUCCAAGACAGGCGCUUGUGGAUCUUUGUCUCCUGUACGUGCCAAAAUGAAAGUGUGUCAGUGUUUGGGUGAGUUUGCUGAUUUAUAUUUUUGAUUGGAUUCGUCUCUUUUGCUGUGGCACUGAUUGGAGCCUUAUUCUGCUUCUCCUACUGCAAAUGUUCAAAUCGAUUCCUUUUCAAUUGCUUCAACACGGUACAUGCAAUAGACAUGCCAGUGGACGUGACCACAUAAAUGAGAUAUAUUUGAUAUCUGUCUAUAUGUAAUUACUUAUAUAAAUCUAUAACAGUGUUUAAAUGUUAUCAGCUGUGUCUCAUGAUAUGAGUGGAGUGUUUUGGGUUUUUUUUUUUAAUGGAAUGAUGAUAAAAUCCUUCAGGUUCAUCCUGCGAUUCAUGUAUUCUCCAUACAGAAUCCGAGAAAUCGAUUUCUAGUAAUGUAGCAUAAACGCAAAUAAUUAAUUAACUCCAGUCUUUUUUUUUUUUUGCAGUCAUUUCAUAACCAGUAUGUUAUUUCACUUUUAAGACUUUUUUCAUAUCAGCGGCUGUAAUCACAGUACUAUUUCAUGGUUCUUAUUGCAAGCGUUUUACUGUUUUCAAGACCAAAGACUCGUAUCACUGCAUCAUAACUACUGUUCUUUAUAUUUUCCCCCCUUCUCUCUCUCUCUCACACACACACACACACAGAGGCAUGGAUUAAGACAAAAGGAAAAGGCUUCUGAAACUACACAAUAGACUCAGGUCCAGGUAAAAGAAACGUGAUUGUUUGAAUAACAGGAAAACAGAUGGACAAAUAAUAAAGAUAACCGAACUUUACAGAUGCAAAAAUGCUCCAUGGUUGCUAGUUUUACACAAGCAAUGAUACAAGAACCAUAAUAUUUAAGUGAAAAAAUGUAUAUGAGAAUACAGGAAAGACACAUUGGCCUUUUUUUAUUUUGUGGUUUUUUUUUUUUUUGUUUUGGGUUACGUUUUUUUUUUUCCUCUAUCACUGGACUGAUUUGAUUAUUUUCAUCCAGCCUGAGUGUGCGCGUGUGUGUGUGUGAUUCUUAAGUGAAUGAAUGUUUGACAGAUGAGGAGAAUGUUAUGUUUAACAGCAGGCCAUGCUCUGAAAGUCAGGAUCUUUCACAAUAAUGGUCCUCUGAGAGCGGCUAGACUAGCUGAUGCUGUAACUCUGUGUGCUCCUCUACAACUACUGUCAUUUUGAUUGCAUUUUAAAUCAAUAAAGUUGUUUAAACAAG